ACAAAUGGAGUCAUCAGGUGUGGAGGACCUAGAAAAAAAUUUCACACUAUUCAUAAUAAAGAUAUGAGGCAUGUGUACGCAUUAUCACUGAUAGCAUUGAGCACAUAUCAGGAAACCAGAGAUUGGCUUAUGAUUGAUAGGUGGGAUAGGUAUUGCCAUUUACUUAUCCAGAACUCUUAACGUCUAGCAACAGCAUUGGCAAAAUGGGAGUUUAUAUCAGUGUUAGGUAAGUGCAUGACAGUUAAGCCCCGCGUAAUCUUAUGUAUGAGAAUGGUACUGAGUACAAUUUCCUGAAUAGACUGACGUCUGUAUUCAAUUUUAACUAAUCAUGUUGUUUGAACUCGAAAAGUUGUUAUUUUUCUGGAUUCUUAUUCAAGAAACUAUCGUGGCAGGUUCAUUUUCAGGCGAACUGACAGACCUUGGACCAUCGACUACUAAACAUAAUUUGACUAAUUAUCAGUUUUCAAACUGUUCAUUAUAUACGAUAGCCUAUGGAUCGUCUUGUACCUGCUUUGAGUGCGAUACGGGUCAGUGCACUAUAUGCUGUACCUCCCCAGGCUCACCAGGUGUCACAUGCUGCUACUGUCAUGCCUGCCUGACGUCAUGCUGGAACACCGAAUGGCAGAUGAUAUCCUUUGCUCAAGUAGGACUAUCGACCGCAUUGCUCAUUGCAACAGUCGUUACGAUUGCGCUAUUCUUCAGAAUAUGCAACAGUGGAAUGCAAUUCGGAGCGGCCAGGCGAUCUCCCAAUGCCGUGGUCAGAAACUCUGCGGGUAGGAUCAGCAUCUCUUCAAUUCAACAGUAUGUUAUUCAAAGGCUUCAAGACAGACCUCCAAGAUACAAUGACUUAUCCGACGCUCCGCCGGUCUACGGCACAGACCCUGCAAAUAGGGUUGCAACGUCCGAAGCUCCUCCACGUUACACGAGAAGAGCAGAACCAGCUGAAAGUGUAAAUAAUGCAACGCCAACAACAGAGUCGUCGACACAAUCGAAUACAAACGAUUCACAAUUACCUGCGGCUAUUAAUCAUAUCUAAAAUACUGUAUUCCAUAUAUCGAUUGUUCUCGUUGUUAUGAACCUUUUUUUUUUUUACACAAAUAAUUAUUUUUAAGAUUUCUGUUUUUUUUCUUUUAGUAAAUUUUUAUCACCAACUAUACAAAUAGAAUAAUCAAUCGAAUCGUAGAUAUAGACAAAUAUAUUAUUAUGAACGUAAUUAAAGAAUCACUUUUCACGAGAACCAAAGAAUUGUAACAUUAGUGUUAAAGCAU